GCGGCGUCUGGUUCUAGUACUGCGACUCAACCAAAUCUUGCUUGGAGGGCGUCGACUGGCCGGCACGAUCUCAGCCAACGGCAACUUGUUUUGCUGAGGGACAUGCUUCAUAACGUCGACAAUUCUUAUGCGAAUGCCUCCUUGAUCCCUGAGGAGGGUGCUGUAAACCGACACUGGCGGUGGGGUGAUGCGAUGAACAGUACUGUCACCCUGCCCUCGGAAGAAUCUACUCAGGAUUCUGUCGGGAACAAGAAGCGUAGGAGUGGUAGGUUGGGAAUGAGUGGGCUGCGCGACAUGUUAAGGUCGUUGAAGCGAAGCCAUUCUGAUCAACCCCCGAUCCCAGCCUCUACUUCCUCCCUUAGUACUAACUCGUCUCACGACAGCCGUAGUCGCAGCAAUCACCCCCACGCUCAUGUCAUUGCCAAUCGUAGGCGUUCAAAGGCUAGCACUGGACCUGAUUCUAUGCGCUCUGCCAAAGAACACUCCCCAACUUCCCCUUACAACGGUUCAUCUUUGACUCACAAGGCUUCUCCUCGUCGCCCAUCACUAGCAUCUAUAUUUCGUCUAGGACAGAAAAACAAGGUUCCGACGUCUGGGCCUGAUACGCCCAUAAGCAAUGCUAGUGAAAUUAGAGUGGCCAGUAGUGGAAGCAGCGCGGCAGAGGAGGAAGAUUGGGAUCGCAUCGAUUCUGCGUCUGACCUUGAUGCUGCAGCGAAGGCGCUGGGCAUUGAUGGUUCUGCCACUAUUAAAGGGAAGCGAGGACGCUCACCGUAUCUUCAUGAGCAUAAUCAAGAGGCCCGUCCGGUGACUCCUAAACGAGCACCGAGCGCGUCUCAAACAUCGUUCUGGGAAGAACAUGUCGACAGUGCUCAUCGGGAAUCACGUUCCAAGUCAAAGUCCAAAAAUCGGAUAUCUUUGCCGCGGGAAAGCCCCCCUCCUUCUAAAAGCCACAAAGCGGUCAAGUCGGGAUCUGUCCGUUCUGCACCCCCUCAACCUCUGGACGAUCGCCAUUUUCUUCCUGAUUUCAAGCUUGCGAUGACCCCAGAGAAUAUUAAGCCAUUACUAGAGAAUGCAAAGGAGGUGCAUAUUCGUCUAAUUGAAUGCAUCAAAGAGGUGCAGGUGUUAUUGAACCCACAAACUUUGAGCUGAUGCCACUUAC